CUAGGUUAGAUCAUCAGAUUUGCUAACUUGCUACGCCUUAUCCACCUAUCUGUUUUCCACUCAAAUUCAUUCCAAAAUCUAAAAUAAUUUCCGAUUAAUUCAUCACUCGGUUUAAAUUCGUUCUUGAAAUUGUGGGAAUUUUCUUCUUCAACUUAUCAAUUUCAUCGAUUAAUAGACAAUAAGCAUUGCCAUACCGAUACUUCGAAGAAUUCAUUCACGGCGCAUCAGAAGCUAUCAAUGAGGAAUGGAGUGAGUUUGCAUCCAAUGUGUCUGCCUGGAGGACAAGGGAUUUUGCACCCUUCUCAGCUUUCUCACAUGGAGAUUGAUUUUGACGAUGCCAGUGGUUCCUAUGACAUGAACAUGACUACUGAACUUAAUACUAUACCAGUAACAUCAAAUACUACAUUAAAUCUUCCCAACCAAUGUACGUCCUCAGUAAAGCCUUCCUUAGCCACUGUUCCUAGUCCCAGCAUUAUUAAUUCAGAGGCCAUGUCAUUCGGCCUUGAAUCAUGUAUGCCUGGUAGCUUUCACCCUUAUCAACCUCGCAAUCCUCCUCGGGCUGUUGGUAGAGAAAGAAGCAUGCCUCAUGAGAAAAAAGGUGUCAAUUAUAUAGAGACAAAAUCUUUAAGUGCUGUGACUACAUCUACGAGGCUAGGGCACAACUCUGUUCAAGAACGGAUGCAGCAAAAACAUGCGCCACAAGAGACCCAUCUCGAGAAUAUAUCGGGACAGAAUCUGCUGGUUUCUAGUAAUUUUAGUGGGUAUAAAGCAAAGGUGUUCGGGUUCGAGGUCCAAGGCGAAUUCCCAAGACAUGCUCACACACCAAUCUAUUGUUGCCCCUUAACCUUCACCCCACAUUUCACCUUACCCUUCACCACAAACCAGCAGCCGCACCACCACCAUCACCCACCAAUUUCACCCACCUAACAACUCCCCUGCUCCAGCAAUAACAGCAGCCGCCACCAACCUCCAACCAUAGCAGCACUUCCCAGCUGAUGUCAACCCCAAAUCAGCCCACCAAUUAACUGCACUAACCUCCACCAUCACCCACCAAUUCCACUCCAGCUCCCACGCAACCAACACCCCGCAACAUCCCUCACAUCAACCACUCUCACCAGCCACGCAACCACCAACCAAAUCAGCCCACCAAUUAACCGCAUCAACCAACACCAACACCACCAAUCAGAAUUCAGAACUCCCCUGCUCCCUCGACCUUUCACACAUACCUCCACCAACAGCAGUAACUCAAUCUUCAGCCACCUAAACCAGCCCACAUCAAUCUCUAUCGCAAGCCAAACAACAGGAGCAGCCCCUACUGCCCUUAAUCAUCUCUCACAUCACCUUACCUCCGUAUCCACCACCAGCCGCACCACAAUUCUCAAUCACAACCCGUCAACAGCCGCGUCAACAAUUUACAGCAACAAAUCAGCCACCAAUUGCAACCCCAAAUCGCCCAAGCAACAGCCCCAAUUUAGAGUAAAUCACAAAUUGAUCGGGUUCGGGCAAACCAUUGAGGAGUUCGAUCGAAGUGCAAAAAAGUGUUAAAACAAUCAGGAACUUUUGAAGUUGUCUAAAUUGAAUAGGUGUGGUCGAACAUACCCAUGGUUCGACCGAACCAACCCCUUAGUUCGGUCGAACCUACCCGAGGUUUGAUCGAACCAUUUCACGAGCAUCACACGUGAUUUUAAUGAAGAUCAACCGGUCUAAUAAUGAUGAUGAUGAUGCAAUUGGUGAUGAUAGCCAUUGAUUUGGAGCAUUGAUUAUGAUCAGAUGGUGGUGAUUCAAUGAUGAUGGUUAAUGAUGGUGGUAUGAUGAUCACAAAUCAGAGCAGCCAUAGAGAUCGAAGAAAAGGAAUGGAGUCUUAUUGUUUUGUGAGGGAUUUGGGUUUUUAUUAUUUUCUUUUCUUUUUAUUUUUAUUUCCUUUUUCCUUUCUCUUUUCUUAUUUCUUUUUAAUUCCUUUUCUUUCUUUAUUUAUUUCCUUCUUUUAUUUUUCUAUUUUUUCCUAGCUUAGUAUAUAUAUACCCAUUUUUGGGGUAAUUAGAAAAGGGGGAGAAAAACAAUUACCAUUUAUUCUACUCUCUAAUUAGUUUUUAGGGGAGCUUCAUUCUCUCUCUAGGUUUAGGUUAGAAUUAGAUUAGUUUAGAGAGAG